AUGCAAGGAUUAAUGGAUACUUAUAUGUUAUAUUCAUAUAGUCGUGGUAUUGAAGAAUUUAAAUUUUUUAAUAAUUUUAUUGAUUAUUUAUUUUAUUUUUUUAUAAUAAUUCCAUUAAUUAUCAUAAGUUCUAUUUUGUUACCAACUCCAUUAUUACAACAAGCUUUAUUAGGUUCAUUAACUUAUACAUGGUCAAGAGCAAAUAAAGAUCAUCAAGUUAGUAUUUAUUUCAUUUCUAUUAAAGCAAGUCUUUUACCAGUUGUUACUUUGGGGUUUAGAUUAUUAUUAGAAGGUAAUAUAGCAUUUUUAGCUGUUUUAACAGGAAUGGCCAGUGCUUAUGUUUAUGCAUGUAUUGAAUCAUGGACUUUAGGUCCUCUUUAUACAUAUUUUUGUGAAACUUUUGGUAUAAGAAUUCAAAAUGUUAAUAGAGUUGGUACAUUAAAUCAAAUUGAAGAAACAACAAUGAAAGCUCCUCAAUGGUUUAAGACUAUAGUGGAGAAGUUUAUUAAUGUUAAUAAUCCAAAACAAUUGAAUAAAAAUAAAAUUCAUACUUUAAAUUCAACAAAUGAUAAUUCAACUAGUGGUUCAAUUUCAUCUGGUAGUAUAUUUGGUAAUGGACAAAAAUUUCAAGGAAAGGGAUAUAGACUUGGAUCUGAUUAA